AUGCAUGUUUCUAUCAUAUUUAAGGGCAUUAACAUAAUUGUUUUUAGGCAUUACUUGAAAGGAAUAGAUAGAAAAGAUUCACAGGAACGAAGACAGAUCCAAGCUUACGAAUCAUUUUUAGAUUGGGAUUUUUAUUCAAACUUGAAAAUAUUUAUUAAACGAAACAAUGAGAUGAUUUUAUAUUCUUCGAUCGCAAUGAAAUUAAACUUGACUAUGAGGCGUAUUCAACUACUGAAUAUCAUGGGAAAUGGAAUUGACAAAACUAAAGAUAUAGUAAAUAGCAUGAUACUAUUAUUUUGCUGUAUUUUCGAAUCUCAAUAUGCUGUUUCAAUUGCAUUUGCUGCAUUUUUUUGUGCUACUGCAUUUGGUAGAAUUUCAGGUAUAGGGUCUUUUACUGAAUAA